AUGCUGACGCCCUCAUCGAGUCAGCAGCAGCAGGUGUCGGCUAGCGGGAGACGCGUGGCCCCCGCAAAGGCUGCCGCGACAGAGCCGCGCGUUAUCCUGAAACGUGUCGACUUGCUGACGCUUUCGCCAGCGAGUCGACACGUUCCAGCGGCAACCAUGCCUAGGCCGCCGCCGCUAAUGAGGCAGGAACGCGUCGUCGUUUUGCCAUCUGUCGACUUGACGACGCCCUCGCCAAGUCGGCAGAUGUCGAGACGCGUCGCCUCUGCCGUCCCAGCUGAUGCAACACCGCUCGACCGCGCUCCGAGGGAGCCGCGCGUUAUUCUGGAACGUAUCGACUUGCUGACGCCUACGCCAGCGAGUCGACACGUUCCAGCGGCAACCACGCCUAGGCCGCCGCCGGAUGAUGGUGAUGGUGGUGGUGGUGCACCAUCCGAGGUGCCACAAGGUAUCGAGCAGAGGAGGGAGGGUAUUAUUACCUCCCCUCCAUCUACGUCUCGCGAAGCUGCGAUCAUGGGCUCCACGCCGAGACCGAAGCAACGCAAACGCGCCUCCGCCACCACCAUCUUCCCGAUAUCGCCGCCUGCAGCGGCAAUACCUACAAUCAGUCGUCACGAAAUUGUCCAUAUACAAAUGCAGCAUGUCGGGCGGCAAUUUAUUAUGACGCAAACGCAAACUCCCGACAGCGUGCAACCGGUUUCCGCUACAACUCCAAUCCUCGCGAUCCUCGCUCGUCGUUCGCUUUGUUCUUUUCGCACACUGUUAGAUAUUGGAAAAAUGACUAGAAGAGAAUGUGCAGAUUAUGUGGAGGCGAGAUGGAGACAUACGGGAGCAUGUGUGGAAGAGAUGUAG